CUCCGGGUCGCAAUGGCAACCGUCCCAACAGGACAGCGAUACCAACUUUUUUCGUGUUUGUAAUGUUACGGAGGCAUUAUACGUCGCGGAAGAAUCUACUUUCUAAUGUGAGAAAUAAACGUUACAGAAUUUCUUCAGUCCGAAAAUGUCCCAGGGAUGUACGGUUUCUGUGGAAGAGAUCCAGUCUUGGUGGGAAGUCCCCGCCAUAGCCCACUUCUGCUCGCUGUUCAGGACAGCAUUCAACCUUCCAGACUUUGAAAUAGAGGAACUGGAGAAAGCCCUGUCAGAACAGGACUUGGACUUCCUUGGGGACCUCGUUGCCUGUCUGUUGCAGGGAUGCUACCAGCGCACUGACAUCAGCCCCCAGGCAUUUAGCAGUUACCUGGACGACAUCAUCAGCUACCGGUGGGAGCUGGAAGAGGGGAAACCCAACCCUCUUCGAGACGGGCCCUUUGAGAGUUUACCCCCUCGCACUCAGGUGGAACUGCUACACCGGCUCUGUGACUACCGUCUGGAUGCUGCUGAUGUCUUUGACCUGCUUAAGGGGCUUGAUGCAGACAGCCUGAGGGUGGAACCCCUGGGGCAGGAUGGAAAUGGAGCCCUCUACUGGUACUUUUAUGGCACUCGUAUGUACAAAGAAGAGCCAGUGAAAAAGAAAGUAGAAAAGCUCAGUGCUGAAACAACUGAUCUAACAUUACCAGAGAAAAAGAAACGGGGAAGACCACCAAAGAAGAGAAAGUUAGAAGAUUCACCAAGUGAGGUGGAAAGUGAUGUGCCAGAGGUGAAGACAGAACAUGGAUUGGAGGACCUUCCCCCAACCACAGGCCGCAAGCGGGGUGCUUGGUCCCUCGUGUGUGAUACGGAGGAACAGUGGCUCAGUCUGGCAGAAAGCAUCAAGGACAAAACCUCCCCACAGGAUCGCCACCUCUACCGUGUCAUUAGCCAAAACUUCCUGCCUGAGAUCAGCAACAUGAUUGAGCACAAGGAGCGGGAGCAGAAACAGAAGCUGCUGGACCCAAACCCAGUUCGCGUAUCACAACGGUUCUCUCAUAAUCACAUAAAUCAAGAGGAGAGGGACAAUUUCAAGGCCGUAACAGAGGAGGAGAAGAAGAAAGAUGACGAGCUGGACAGGCAGGUUUUGCUGGCCGAGCAGAGACGAGAAGAGGAAAGGCUUCUGCAGGAAGAGCGGCAGAGAGAGAAGCUGGAGAAGAUCAAAGCUGUGGAGGAGCGUGCAAAAAGGCGGAAGAUGCGAGAAGAAAAGGCCUGGCUGCUGUCUCAAGGAAAAGAACUGCCACCUGAACUCCUGAAUCUAGAGCCAUCCUCUCCUGUCCACAGAGCACGAAAGAAUAAAGAAUUUUAUGAAAUUGAUGACGACUACACUGCUCUUUAUAAAGUGCUUGAAGCCCUGAAAGCCCAUAAAGAUUCUUGGCCUUUCUUGGAGCCUGUUGAUGAGUCCUACGCUCCAAAUUAUCACGAGAUCAUCCAGACUCCCAUGGACCUAUCCACGAUUGAGAAGAAGCUCAAUAACGGGGAGUAUGUUGCUAAGGAAGAUUUUGUUGCCGACGUGAAGCUGAUGUUUGAAAACUGUGUCGAGUACAAUGGAGAAGACAGCGAAUACACGAUCAUGGCAGAGUCUUUGGAACGCUGUUUUAACCGAGCCUUAUUAAAACACUUUCCGUCAGAGGAUGGCGACACAGAUGAGGAGUUCCACGUUACCCUCUAG